GUCAGCCAUCUUUCAAUUGUGUUCGCAGCCGCCGCCGUACCGCCGUCGCUCUCCGAAGCCAGCGCCGCCGAGCUCCAGCCGACGAAGGGGGGGGUAAGUAAGUGAAGAGGUGUUUAUACCAUGGCUCGUACAAAGCAGACCGCCCGCAAAUCAACCGGUGGGAAAGCACCCAGGAAGCAGCUCGCGACAAAAGCCGCUCGCAAGAGCGCGCCCUCUACUGGCGGGGUGAAGAAGCCGCAUCGUUACAGGCCUGGUACUGUGGCACUCCGUGAAAUCAGGCGUUAUCAGAAGUCCACUGAACUCCUGAUUCGAAAACUUCCCUUCCAGCGUCUGGUGCGAGAAAUUGCUCAGGACUUCAAAACAGAUCUGCGCUUUCAGAGCGCAGCCAUUGGUGCUUUGCAGGAGGCAAGUGAGGCCUAUCUGGUUGGCCUCUUUGAAGACACCAACCUGUGUGCCAUCCAUGCCAAACGUGUAACAAUAAUGCCAAAAGACAUCCAGCUAGCACGCCGCAUACGUGGAGAGCGUGCUUAAGAAUCCAUUAGGAUGGGAAACAUUUCAUUCUUUUAAAAAAAAAAAAUCUCUUCUUCCUGUUAUUGGUAGUUCUUGAACGUUAGAUAAUUUUUUUCCAUGGGGUCAAAAGGUACCUAAGUAUAUGAUUGUGAAUGGAAACAUAGGGGGCAGAAAUCAGGGAUUGGCAGUUUUUCCAUUUUCAUUUGUGUGUGAAUUUCUAAUAUAAAUGUGGGGAUAUAAAGCAUUACUGCAAGUCAGAAAAAAAAUGUUUCCGUAAACAAGUUUCAGCAGUUCAACUUUGUAACAAUUAUAAAUAAACCUGUUAAAUUUUUCUGGACAAUGCCAGCAUUUGGAUUUUUUUAAAACAAGUAAAUUUCUUAUUGAUGGCGACUAAAUAGUGUUUGUAGCAUUUUUAUCAUACAGUAGAUCCAUCCAUUCACUAUACUUUUCUAACUGAGUUGUCCUACAUGCAAGUACAUGUUUUUAAUGUUGUCUGUCUUCUGUGCUGUUCUGUAAGUUUGCUAUUAAAAUACAUUAAACUAUA